AGAUGUGGGAUAUCUGAGAAUAUAUAGGAAGUAAAAUGGGCAGAAUUUUGUAAAGGAUUCAAAAUGGAUAAGGAAGAGAAAGCUCUAAGGGCUGUUGCCUGAGCAUUUGGCCUCAAUGCGAUGUUGAGGGUGCCAUUUGCUGCAGAAAAAAAGCAGUGGAAGACAACCAAGUUAUGGGGGAAAAGCAAAAAUUUGGUCUUGAACAUAUUGAGUUUGAGGUCCCUGUGAGUCAUCCAAGGUGAAGGUCAAAUAAGAGGUGGCUUCAUGGGUCUGGAGCUCAGAACAGAGGUGGAAGCUGGAGAUGUCAGUCUGGGCAUCAGGUUUGUAUUGUUUGUAUGGGUGGCGAUUGAAGCUGUGGGCAGAGGUAAGAUCCCAAGAUGGAGACAGUGUGAGGUGAGAGGAGGGCCUAGGACUAAGUCUGUGAGGAUUCCAGACACUGAACGAUGGUGUCUAAAUGAUACAGACAGGAAUGGCCCUAGAAGCCAGCACCACCAGCCUCAUCACUACCAAUACAGACCCCUCCUGUAGUUGCGUCACCCCGCUGGACUUCAAUCAUUGCCUCAAGAACCGGGACGAUAAUGGCCUGCCCAUGCUCAGCACCAAUGCCAUGAGCUGGAAGACGAUUUCUGCAAUGGAGAAAAGGGGAGCAGGAGAGACUCGGCAGCAAAGGAAGAGAGUGUUUAGAGGAAGAGAGGGUCAACAGUGCCAAAUGCUGUUGAGAAAUGGAGAUUUAAACAGGAUGGGAGUGAUGAAACCCAAGAAAGUGGUCUCCUUGUAGAGGACUGAAGCUAGGGCUGAUAACAGAGCUAAGCCAGUCUUCCAUAUGCAUAAAUUGUACUGCAAUAGCCAGUUUACAUGUCUGUCUCCCUGGAGUAAACGUCUCCAAAGUGGAACUUGUCCACCCUAUUAUCCUUAAAGUCUAGUGCAAGUCCUGGAACGUAGUGGACACUUAAAUUUUACUGAUUAGUGAAUGGGUGAAUGAAUGAAUGAGUGAUGGCAAAUGAUUGGAAGCAGAGGAAGAAUCUCUGGCAUCUACCUGGACUAGCUACUAUCCUUCAGCUUUUUUUCUUUUUUACCGCAAUGGCCCGCAGAUCCAGGAAAGAGACGACAGAGCCCCCUUCCUCUCCCUCCCCUGGGCCCUGGCCCCCCUUCCUCUCUCUGACGAAGAGUCUGGACCGAAGGUUCUGCUGACGUGGGAAGGGGAGGAGAGUCUAGAGGAAGGGGAGGGGAAAGCAGCGCAGAGAUCGCAGAGACCAAGGAGGCGCCCGCGGCUGCAGAGCUGCAGAGCGGGAUCUCUUCGGGCUCUCUGUGUCCGGGCAGCCGGCGCGCAACUGGGCCAGAGGACAGCGCAUCCUUUCGGCGCGGGCCGGCAGGGCCCCUGCGGUCGGCAAGCUGGCUCCCCGGGUGGCCACCGGGACCCCUGAGCCCAAUGGCGGGGGCGGCGGCAAAAUCGACAGCACUGUAGAGAUCACCCCCACCUCCAACGGACAGGUCGGGACCCUCGGAGAUGCGGUGCCCACGGAGCAGCUGCAGGGUGAGCGGGAGCGCGAGCGGGAGGGGGAGGGAGACGCGGGCGGCGACGGACUGGGCAGCAGCCUGUCGCUGGCCGUGCCCCCAGGCCCCCUCAGCUUUGAGGCGCUGCUCGCCCAGGUGGGGGCGCUGGGCGGCGGCCAGCAGCUGCAGCUCGGCCUCUGCUGCCUGCCGGUGCUCUUCGUGGCUCUGGGCAUGGCCUCGGACCCCAUCUUCACGCUGGCGCCCCCGCUGCAUUGCCACUACGGGGCCUUCCCCCCUAAUGCCUCUGGCUGGGAGCAGCCUCCCAAUGCCAGCGGCGUCAGCGUCGCCAGCGCUGCCCUAGCAGCCAGCGCCGCCAGCCGUGUCGCCACCAGUACCGACCCCUCGUGCAGCGGCUUCGCCCCCCCGGACUUCAACCAUUGCCUCAAGGAUUGGGACUAUAAUGGCCUUCCUGUGCUCACCACCAACGCCAUCGGCCAGUGGGAUCUGGUGUGUGACCUGGGCUGGCAGGUGAUCCUGGAGCAGAUCCUCUUCAUCUUGGGCUUUGCCUCCGGCUACCUGUUCCUGGGUUACCCCGCAGACAGGUUUGGCCGUCGUGGCAUUGUGUUGCUGACCUUGGGGCUGGUGGGCCCCUGUGGAGUAGGAGGGGCUGCUGCAGGCUCCUCCACAGGCGUCAUGGCCCUCCGAUUCCUCCUGGGCUUUCUGCUUGCCGGUGUUGACCUGGGUGUCUACCUGAUGCGCCUGGAGCUGUGCGACCCAACCCAGAGGCUUCGGGUGGCCCUGGCAGGGGAGUUGGUGGGGGUGGGAGGGCACUUCCUGUUCCUGGGCCUGGCCCUUGUCUCUAAGGAUUGGCGAUUCCUGCAGCGAAUGAUCACCGCUCCCUGCAUCCUCUUCCUGUUUUAUGGCUGGCCUGGUUUGUUCCUGGAGUCCGCACGGUGGCUGAUAGUGAAGCGGCAGAUCGAGGAGGCUCAGUCUGUGCUGAGGAUCCUGGCUGAGCGAAACCGGCCCCAUGGGCAGAUGCUGGGGGAGGAGGCCCAGGAGGCCCUGCAGGACCUGGAGAAUACCUGCCCUCUCCCUGCAACGUCCUCCUUUUCCUUCGCUUCCCUCCUCAACUACCGCAACAUCUGGAAAAAUCUGCUUAUCCUGGGCUUUACCAACUUCAUUGCCCACGCCAUUCGCCACUGCUACCAGCCUGUGGGAGGAGGAGGGAGCCCAUCGGACUUCUACCUGUGCUCUCUGCUGGCCAGCGGCACUGCAGCCCUGGCCUGUGUCUUCCUGGGGGUCACCGUGGACCGAUUUGGCCGCCGGGGCAUCCUUCUUCUCUCCAUGACCCUUACCGGCAUUGCUUCCCUGGUCCUGCUGGGCCUAUGGGAUUGUGAGCAUCCUACCUUCCCCACAGUGUGGGCUCAACAAGGGAACCCCAACAGAGAUCUGAACGAGGCUGCCAUCACCACUUUCUCUGUCCUUGGGCUCUUCUCCUCCCAAGCUGCUGCCAUCCUCAGCACCCUCCUUGCUGCUGAGGUCAUCCCCACCACUGUCCGGGGCCGUGGCCUGGGCCUGAUCAUGGCUCUAGGGGCGCUUGGAGGGCUGAGCGGCCCGGCCCAGCGCCUCCACAUGGGCCAUGGAGCCUUCCUGCAGCACGUGGUGCUGGCGGCCUGCGCCCUCCUCUGCAUUCUCAGCAUUAUGCUGCUGCCAGAGACCAAGCGCAAGCUCCUGCCCGAGGUGCUCCGGGACGGGGAGCUGUGUCGCCGGCCUUCCCUGCUGCGGCAGCCACCCCCUACCCGCUGUGACCACGUCCCGCUGCUUGCCACCCCCAACCCUGCCCUCUGAGCGGCCUCUGAGUACCCUGGCGGGAGGCUGGCCCACACAGAAAGGUGGCAAGAAGAUCGAGAAGACUCAGUAGGGAAGGCAGGGCUGCCCAGAAGGCUCAGAGGCACCUCACGCCAGCCAUCGCGCGGAGAGCUCAGAGGGCCGUCCCCACGCUGCCUCCUCCCUGCUGCUUUGCAUUCACCUCUUUGGCCAGAGUCAGGGGACAGGGAGAGAGCUCCACACUGUAACCACUGGGUCUGGGCUCCAUCCUGCGCCCAAAGACAUCUACCCAGACCUCAUUAUUUCUUGCUCUAUCAUUCUGUUUCAAUAAAGACAUUUGGAAUAAACGAGCA